AACCCCAGAUUUGACAUUGUCAAAUAAACGUCAAAAAAGUAAAUAAUUGACAAUGGCGCGUCAAAACAAUGAGAACGUUUUUUAAUGUUUACAAUGAAUUCCAUCACCGAAACGCAAUAACUUUAGGCCGCCACCGUCGAGUUCCAAUCAUGUUCAAGAUCAGAUGAUACAAACUUACGAAAAAAAUGAUGGAAUGUUUAAACGAAUUGUUGAUGCAUGCCAUCAUUCAGAACGACUUAAAAUGCCUCAAGUGCUACUUAAAGAGAGGUGUAAACAUCAACAAAAUCUGUUCAACUGGAAUGACCCUCCUGGGAGUUGCAGCUGAGACAGGCAAUCUCUCAAUAGUCAAAACACUAAUUGACUAUUCCAAUUGCUCCAGUAUUGAUUUCAGUAUAAAAACUGAGCUAAACACAAAACCAAACCUAUUACUAGAUUUAAAUAACCCGGAACCAAAGUACAAAAACAUCGGAUAUUUUGUGGUGCGCAAGGACGUGGAGGAGCCCGAUUUUGGCGAGGGCCCCACCCCCGAGGGCAUGGAAGCCCUGGAAUGGGACAUGGAAGUGAACACAGAAACCACAGAGGUUGAGAAAGAGCCCCCAGAAAUGAACAUCUACCAGUGGUACGCCAACAUUUUGAAUCAGAGCUCUUUGGUCUUGAAAUCGCCGGAUAACGAUAUUGCGCGCCUUGACAGCCACGGCAAAAACGUCUUGCAUUACGCCGUGAGGUCAGGUAAUAUGGAACUAGUCAAAUAUUUAGUCGAGACCUUCAACGAAAUCAGCGUGAAUCAAAGCGACGCCGCCUCCGUGAGCCCCCUUCACAUCGCCGUGUUCAAGUGCCACCUGCCGCUGGUGCGCUACCUGGUGGACAAGGGGGCUUCCGUGAACUGCGCGUGUCGCGAGCGUCAGACGCCCCUGCACGUGGCCGCCCAGCAUGGCUACGUCGAAAUCAUGCAAGUUUUAAUCGAAAAUGAAGCCGAUAUCAACGUUUUUGAUAUGAAAGAGCGGUCACCGCUCUCGCUGGCUGUGCUGGGCUCUAGGGAAGCUGCAGUGGAAUUGUUGAUAAAAAACGGGGCCAGACUUAAUCAGGAGGAUGCGGCUGGAUUUACGCCCUUGCGAAGAGCGGUCUGGAAUGAUUCCACACCGAUCGCGAUGAUGUUACUUAACGCUGGAGCGAGAGUUGUGCAGUCACAUUAUUUAUUACAUGCCGCUGCGAGGAGUAAUAAUCCGGAGAUGGUCAAGGCGUUGCAUGAAGCUGGGGCGCUUUUGAAUAUCAGGGAUGAUCAAGGGAAUACGCCCUUGAUGGUGGCGUGCUCGAGGAAGAAUUUGACGGUGGCGAGAUAUCUACUCAAAAAUGGUGCUAACGUAAACGCCGUAAACAACAUCAACGGUAUGACGGCCCUCCACAUCUGCGUGCAAGAUAUCCGCGAAAAGCGAAGUCUGGAGAACUUAAUCGACCUUUUGGUCUCCUACGACGCCGACAUGAACGCAACAAGUUAUCAGGGAAGUGUUCUCUUCUAUUCAAUUAUUUUAGAAAACCUCCAUGGAGCCGAUGCCUUAGUGCGGCACGGAGUCGACGUCAAUUUACGCGACGAACGCGCUUAUUUCGAUAAUUUAAGUCUUGCGAAAAGACACGGAAACCUCGAAUUGGUCAAAUUGAUAGUUUACGCUGGUUUUCGCCUAUCUAACAUGGCCUUUGAUUUGAAUUCGUUGCGGAAUCAACCCGACGAUCCCGUACACGAUUUUUUGGUUUACGUCAAAAGCACACCUUUACAAUUGAAGGAAAUAUGCAGGAUAAAAAUCAGAGGCUGUCUCGGGCGACAUCUUCUGAGCAAAAUCACCAAGCUGCCGUUGCCCGUGUGGCUACAGCGGUACUUGGCUUUAGAAAUAUUGUGAAUGAUCUCUGUGUUUAUGUAACCAGUAUUCAACAAGUGUGUAGGUUUCAGUAUUCAAAUCGUAGAUUUUCAAGAGAGGACCAUCGGUGUGUUGCCGUUGAUAGAAACAAGUAGUGCCCUUAAAUGUUUGAUGAGUAAGAGAGGUUUAAAAAUCUGAUGAAUAUAAAUUUUAAGUAUUGUGCACCUAUUUCUAAACCACCUGUGUACUUAGAUGACUUUAGCAUUCCCUCCUCUGUUAUAGUCUAGUCAAUUUAUUUAACACCAUGCUUUGAAAUUAAGUUGGCAACAUUAACUGCUAAAUACAAACGUCACAAUUUUAUGGUCAAUUGUCACUUGCUUCCGAAAGACGGUCGAGAGAUAGCCGUCACUCGACACAAUUUAAUAUCACCAAAAAUUCGAUGUUGCCAACUUAAUUUCAAUCAAAGCGUGGUAUACAUAUUUUUUCGGACACACAAUGGAAAGGAAAAUUAUAAGUCGUUCUUAUUCGGAAGUAAAGUUACCGUUGGGGGCGCCACUGAGCUAGGUCGAAAACAGUAACCAUAAAUGGGGGGAAAAUGUUUAUUCGGAUAUUUUGAGCGUUGUACGAAUUUUGAGGCUUCACAAUUAUUACAUUGCCAAUGCGGAAUGUAUCUUUGGUGGAAGAAACGAAUGUUGACAAAUUAGAGAUGACGAGGAAAACACGAAUAACGAAUGAUUGUUUGGUUCACUUUCUUUAUUGGAAAAUUAUUACAAAGACAUUGAAAAACCUACCUUUUGGCAUAAUUUACGUUUAAGCGUAUUAGCAGUUGUUAAUCUUAUUUGUAGUUUUGUUGAUUUAUCAAAGUAUUUCAUGAUUUUAUCAGUGGAAAAAUUCUAACCUAAAAUUCACAAACUUCACUAAUUUAUUGGGUUCUUGAGCCCAACUUUGUGUUCGCUGUGAUCCAUUACUAUAGUCUUUAAUUAGACAACUGUUUGAUAACACUUUGUAAUGAAAAUUUAAAUCUAUUUCACUUUUUAUCCACUUUCAAAUCCCAACAACAAACACUUUAUACCACGAAAAACCGCAGAAUCGAAGUCAAAGCUAGUAUUUACCACCACGUACUUUUAAAAUGAUUCUCUCCAAUGUAACCAAUUAACACUAUACACGCAGAAUUGUAAAACAAUUUAUUAGAUGUCAAUUAAAUGUGGAAUUACGAAAAUUUCGUUACUGUUUUCGACAUAGUUCAAAAGUCAUCACUAGAGGGCGUCUAGUUAAUUUUAUUUCCGAAUAUAGUGGCGGUCAGCUCGAUUUGCGUGUGCGUCAUCAAUUUCAUUUUUUCAUUACCAACACAAAGCUGUAAAAAAAUUAUCAAAAACAAUGCAAAUUUAAACAACUAAGGGCUAUCUAAGGGUGGUAUCCUUGAACAUUAAUUUACAUGUGCACUUCGACAACACCGUCAAGUGUCACGAAUUUGUCAACGUGACAUUGACAGUAAAUUAUAGACGUCGUCGCAUGGUUGUCGAAAGUGUUAUCGGUGUUAAUCGCAAGUAUUUUCCGUUCGUUUAUUGUGUUUUGUGAUUUGCGUUUCGUUAGGUUUUUGAUUCUGCGUUUAUUAGUUCUUGUUUUGUGAAUCUGUAUUUUUUGUAACAACUCAUAAUUUAAACACUUCGUAACCUCAAAAAAUAUUUGAUAGUUUGUCACCGCUAUGACCCUGCUAUGUAAACGUAGUGACAGAAAUGUCAGAUGAUGCACACGCAAAUGGAGCUGAGCACUACCAUACCAACUAUUUCUUAAUAGCAACAAAAUUAGACAAUUAUGUUUUUUACUGGUAUAAAUAUUAAAUAGUCCAGUGAAAUAAGUCUUUAAAUCAAUUAUUCCGUGAAUAAUGAAGGUAUAUGGGUACCUAUUUUUUUUGCAAAAUAUUUCUUAACUCUUAGUGUUCUGGAAAAUUGUGUCGAGUUUAGUGUGUUGGAGUAUAACAUACUCCAAUUUGUUUUUUCCUUUACUUAAAAUUAGUUAAACAUUUUAUUAUUUGUAUAAGUGGAUGAAUUUACCUGUAAUCUCAAAAAAAAAUUAAAA